AGCUGCCUGGACCUAAUGUCAUUUCUCUUUCAGGGCAUUCUGCUGAAGCGCAGCGGCAAGUCGCUCAACAAGGAGUGGAAGAAGAAGUACGUGACGCUGUGUGACAACGGUGUGCUCACCUACCACCCCAGCCUGCACGACUACAUGCAGAACGUGCACGGGAAGGAGAUCGACCUGCUGAGAACCACAGUGAAGGUGCCUGGCAAGCGGCUGCCCAGGGCUACGGCGGCAGCGCCCGGCGCGAGCCCCAAAGCCAACGGGCUGGCAAAGGAGCGGAGCAGCACACAGCUGGCAGCCAGCACGGGCGCCCCACAUUCCAGCAGCAGCACCUCCCUGCACUCGGAGCGCUCCGUCAGCGGCAUCAACCUGGUGGGCUUCAGCUCCAAGCCCGACGGCUUGCACCAGCGCUCCUACUCUGUCUCCAGCGCCGAUCAGUGGAGCGAGGCCGUGGCGCUGCCCGGCGCCUGCCCCAACCCCGCCAACGGCACUGCCGAUUCCCUCAGCUCCAGCCCCAACAUCUCCACCGCCGCCAGCCCCAAGCUGGAGCCGCCCCCGUCGCCGCAUGCCAACAGGAAGAAGCACCGCAGGAAAAAGAGCACGGGGACGACGCGGCCCGACGGCCCCAGCACGGCGGCUGAAGAGCCAGACGAACCCUUUGAGUUCAUCAUCGUGUCCCUGACGGGCCAGACGUGGCUCUUUGAGGCCUCAACGUCAGAGGAGCGGGAGCUCUGGGUGCAGGCCAUCGAGAGCCAGAUCCUGGCCAGCCUGCAGGGCUGUGAGAGCAGCAAGAAUAAGGCACGGCUGGGCAGCCAGGGAGAUGCGCAGGCCAUGCAGGCAGUGCGCACUGCGCGGGGUAACAGCUUCUGCGUGGACUGCGAUGCGCCCAAUCCUGACUGGGCGAGCCUGAACCUGGGUGCCCUGAUGUGCAUCGAGUGCUCUGGGAUCCACCGCAACCUGGGCACGCACCUCUCCCGCGUGCGCUCACUGGACCUGGACGACUGGCCUGGAGAGCUGCUCACCCUCAUGGCCGCCAUCGGCAACGCGUUGGCCAACGCCGUCUGGGAGGGUGCUGUGGAGGGGUACCCCAAGCCCACCCCCGAGAGCAGCCGGGAGGAGAAGGAGCGCUGGAUCCGCGCUAAGUAUGAGCAGAAGCUGUUCCUGGCCCCGCUGCCGCAGUCGGACAUCCCUCUGGGGCAGCAGCUGCUGCGGGCGGUGGUGGAGGACGACCUGCGCCUGGUGGUGACACUGCUGGCACACGGCACCAAGGAGGAGGUCAACGAGACCUACGGGGACGGCGAUGGGCGCACGGCGCUGCACCUGUCCUGCGCCAUGGCCAACGUCGUCUUCACGCAGCUGCUCAUCUGGUACGGGGUGGAUGUGAAGAGUCGGGAUGCCCGGGGUCUGACCCCGCUGGCCUACGCACGGCGUGCGGGCAGCCAGGAGUGCAUCGACAUCCUGCUGCAGCACGGCUGUCCCAGCGAUGGUGCCACGCUGACCCCAGCCUGCCCCGCCGUAACACCAACGCCAACAACAACACCUGCGCUGCCGUGCCGCCUGAGCUCAGCACCAGCCCCAGCGCAGUGUAGCUCCCGCGGCGGGGCUGAGGGCUGUUCCCUGUGUGCUCCCCUCUACGGACCCCUGCUCCAGCUGUGCCGUGCCCAGGUCCUGGGACCUCUGCGGCUGGAAGGGGCCCGGCGCUGCCUGUGUGCAGAGGAUACUCUGGAUGGGGACUCGGCACCCCCAUUUCAUGACCGGUACAGGGGAAGGAGAGACAGUUCCUGUGUGCCCCCGCCACACUCACAUGUAGGUAGUGCAGGGCUGGAGGUGGUCCGAGGUGCUGCCCAUCCCUGUGCAGAGGUAUGGGGAGGACCAGUGCUGCCCCUGUCCCUCUGUCCUCCGUUUGGCCGUGAGGUGCCCCAGAGCAGUGGGGCAGCGGGGGGCAAUGGGAGAUGAACGCUUCUUCACCGCAGCCUCUGGGCCUCUCUGCCAGUAUGGGGGUCCCCUCGUUGGUACUGCCCCCCCCCACAUUGAUGCCAAGGGAAUGUCCUUCCCUGCAGCCCCUGGACGGACCCCUCAGUCCCACUGCUUACCAGGGGGGCAGAGGACGCUCUGGGGCCCAUCUGUGUCUGUCUGUCUGUGUAGAGUCACUGUCCCAUCAGGUUGAAGCCCCAUAGCCAUGCACAGUGCCUCCACCCGCGGGUCCCACUGCGCCCUGUGGCUGAGCAGGAGGGAGGAGCGGGGCGCCUGCUCUGCUUGGGGCCAUCCUGCAGCUGAGCACCGGGACCCCGAGGCUUCGAGCACUGACGUGGAACGUCUCCAUCACUUGUGUAUAAAGUGUACAUUGGAAAUAUUUAUAUGGACACUCUGUAUAUAGUGUUUCUUUGCCAUGAAUUGCCCUGUGUGUGUUACCUGCAGCCAAGGAGAUGAAGGCCAAUAAAGCACCCACUUCCUGCCA